AAGAAAAGAAAAAGAAACAAAAUCUCCUAAUCGAAGAAACUCAUUUCUUUUCUCAGUAUCCUAUCGCUAUCUCUCCCCGUUUCCCACAUAAUGCUUGGUGCUCAGCUUUACGUCCGUACAAUCGCCACUGUUUCGAUUUCCUCCUACCAAUACACUGCUGCUUCUCCUUAUCCAACCGCUUCCUCCUCCUGCCUCCGCUCCUCCUCCUUGUGUUCGCAUUUUACGACGAAACGCCGCCGCCCUUCUCCUAAACCCGUCGUCGUUUCUUGCCACUCCGCCUAUGGUAGCUUCCGCCCCCAACCUAGUAAUGGCGACAAUCGAGAUCAUCAGUUUCUCGAAGCUUCUCUUCUCGUCUCAGAAACUAUUUUACACUACCGGAUGUGGAGGCAUGGAUUUCAACAGGACGUAAAAGGAGUGUUUCCCAUGUCCAGAGCUAAAAUUACUUCAAUAGGACAGGCCUUUCUCAGUCGCUUUCCCAGUCCAACUAUUUUUCUUAAGAUUCCUUGUGAUGGGGAGUUCUUGCUACCCAUUGUUGUAGGGGAGUUCUCUGUGGAAAAACUCAUAGCUGCCUUUUGGGGAGAUGAUAAAGGGGAUACCCCUGAUCAGUUCCAGCUUGUUAAUAAUGUUGUGGAGAAGCUCGGAUAUGAAGUUAAAAUGGUGAGAAUUACAGAAAGAGUUGUCAAUACUUACUUUGCGAAAUUGUAUUUGAGCAAGCCAGGGGAAAAUGAUGUCAUAAUUGUGGAUGCACGACCCUCAGAUGCCAUAAAUGUGGCUAACAGAUGCAAGGCUCCAAUAUAUGUGAACAAACAAAUUGUCUUGGCAGAUGCUAUUAGAAUUGGCUACGGGAUGGGCAGAGUGCGUGACAAAAAGUCUACUUAUGAUGUAUCUCUUGACAGUGCUGCAGAUGGUCCUGAUUUACUAUUAGAGGAGCUGGAUCUGGUGAGGAAUAUGGAUUUAGCUGUCAAAGAAGAAAGAUACACUGAUGCAGCAAAGUUAAGAGAGAAAUUAAUGAAGCUACGCGAUCAUGGCCAGUAACUGUUUACUGAUGUAUCCACGGUUGUACACUCAUUGGUGGUGGUUGGCUUGCUUGUGAUCGAAUUCUUUUUGCAUUUUUAUGUUGUUAGUUCUGGUGUUUCAGUUAAUGCUCAAAAUGCUGUAGUUUGUAGAGCUUGAGGAAGGUGCGAGGCUCGAGACUCAUUACUCUGAGAGUGGAACCUUCACUGUUCUAGUUAAGCCUGAGGAGUCAUUCCUGGAAGUGGAAUGGAUGCAUAAUCAUGUUUUACAAACUAUAGUAAAUAAUGUACAUAUUCAAUUUAGAAAUGUUGCCUAUAAGAUUAGGGGUAACUAGGACAGUGCAUAUCCAUGAUCACGAAGGUUAUAAAUAUUCUAAUUAUACAUGGAGCUGCCUACCAUUGACUUUCUUUGUACUUUGUGAUGAUAUGACGUAUAGUAGAAAAGGAUAUGAUGUUUUUCACCA